AUGGGCUUCUUGUUCUCUAAACCAAAGUACGAUCCCUCUCACGAUAUUCCCGACCUUACAGGAAAAGUCGCACUAGUGACUGGAGCAAACUCUGGAAUAGGCUUCGAGACUGCGCUGCAACUAGCAAAACGAGGAGCGAAGGUCUACCUUGGUUGCAGGUCGGAAUCAAGAGCUAAAGAUGCCAUCGCCAGGAUGUGCAAAGCUGCUCCUGGACUCGAUCUGGAGGAUAGACUCGUAUGGUUGCCGCUUGAUUUGUCGGUCAUGAAACUUGCGAAGAAGGCUGGGGAGGAGCUGUUGUCGAAAGAGACACGAUUGGAUAUUCUCGUCAAUAACGCUGCAUGGACUAUCAAGGACUAUGAAUUAUCUGAAGAUGGCAUCGAAAAGGCUGUAGCUGUUAACCAUCUCGGCCACUUCAUUCUCACAGAGACUGUGCUGCCUCUCAUGAAAGCGACUUCCCAAUUACCUGGAGCUGACACUCGCAUCGUAGCAGUCAGUUCGGAUGCGUACAGCCGAGCAGGGACGACGGACUUCUCGAGUCUGGAAGCCCUCAACUCCGCUCAAGGCAAACCCGGAAGUGAAAAUACAUUCUUCACGAAGCUCUGGAGAUACGGGACGACGAAGCUUCAGAACAUACUGUGGGUGGGAGAACUACAGCGUAGGCUCGAUGCUGAAGGAAUACCAAUAACCGUCAUCGUAAUCCAUCCCGGUGCCGUCAGCACAGAGGGUCUUAAUAACGGUAUGCCUACCUGGUUCUUGUUUCUCGUUUCCCCCUUCGCCGUCAGUCCCUCGUACGGCGCAUUCACGUCGCUCUUUGCCGCCACGUCUGCGGAGGUGGCCGCUGCGAAGGAGAAGUAUAAGGGUGCGUUCCUGAUGCCGUACGGUAAGGUGACCAAGGUAACGAAGGAGGCAAGGGAUCCGGUCCUUGCGAAGACGCUCUGGGAGACUUCGGAGAGGGUUAUAAGAGACGCUUUGCAGAGACAGGCUGAUUAG